AUGAUCAAGAAAUUUUUGUUUUCCAGCAAGUUUUCUACAAGCUCUUGGAUAUACUGUAUCCUAUUAGUAGUUUUGAACAUACAAUAUUCAAAGGUUCACUUGAGUGUAACUAAAUGGUUUUCUGUAAUUUAUAACCUUUUGGUGGACUCAUUUAACUCAGAACAAGGGGAGAGUUAUAUGAAUGAUAUUAAGUUGAAAAUGUUGAGUUUACCAAUGUUUCUUGUACUUCUCUGCUUUUUUAGAGUUUUGAGUAAUUUCUUCAUCACAAUCCUGCUCCUUAAUUGGCGUAAUUUUGAGUCGAACUACUUAUUUGAGAACUGGAGAUUCAUCAAAAAAGUAGAGGGAGUAUCUCAAAGAAUUCAGGAGGACACUAUCCAGGUUGUGAAGCUUAUUUUGAGCCUGUUCUUCAGAAUUGUGAUUUCAAUUUCUAGAAGUUUGGUUCACAUUCCAAUUUUGAUUGAAUACAGCAAGAGGGUCAAAGGUAUUCCGCCGUUUUCAGAUGAAUUUGAGUACUCUCUAAUAGCUUAUCUCUUCAUGUUAGUUUCAAUUUUGAUGCUUGGGGUUUACUUCACUUCCAGAAAAAUGAGCUCUAAGAUUAUGAAUAAGGAAAUAGUUGAAGCUGAAUUUAGAAAACAGCUCAUUUUGGGUGAAGAGGGGGUUCCGAGGCUUAACUUGUCUCUCAUAGAGAAUGCUCUGGUUAGUGAGCUCAAACUAAUUCAUAGUGACAUUUAUUUGUACUCCCUCAGGUACAACCUAACUAAUGGAAGUUUGUCAAGCAUGAUUGAAUUUUUACCAACCAUAAUUUUAAUUCCAGCAAUCAUUAGAAAGGACGUCACUAUAGGAGGGAGGGCCACUAUUAUCAGGUGUUUUAAUACUGUCGCUUCUGGUAUUACUUGCUUCUUUCUUAACUGGGAUGACAUUUCUGAGCUUUACACUGCAAUCAGUAGACUUUACAAGCUUGAAAGCUUAAUCAAUAAGUGCAAAGACGAGCCUUCAACUUUAUUAAAUGAGCCUUAA